AACUCUUCUCUGAGGCUGAAGAGAGAGAGAGAGAGAGAGAGAGAGAGAGAGAGAGAGAGAGAGGCGACCCUUGGUGUCACAAACAGCACGGUUCCUUCUUUUCGUCAUUUAGGCGUGCAGUCGGAAAUGUGUCAUCUGCAGACCAACUGGGGAGAAGUGAACGGCUGCUGGCGAGGAUAAGGGCGACGUCGAAUGAUCUCAGGCUCCGCGCUCACAUAACGGAUUCCGCUCCUUUAUCAUGGAAGAUGGUGCAAAAGAGGAGCCAGCCCAGUGUAAAGAGCCAAAGUUCCUGGGUAAAGCUGGCGGGUUGAAGAAGGCCACGGGGAGAGUGUUGGCGAGCUACAAGGACCGCUACAUCCAUGUGGAGAAAACAGAGCUUGUGGUGUAUGAAAAUGAGGACCUACAGAACUGCUUAGAGAGGCUUGACCUGGAGAACUAUGAUAAAUGUCACGAAUUAAAGAGCACCUUCAAGAAGAAGCACAGACUGAUUCUGAUCCGAUCCCCCAAGUCUGGAAAUAAGGUCCAUGAUAUAAAGUUCCAAGCUCAGUCUGCAGAGGAGAAGGAGGCGUGGAUUAAAGCUCUGAGAGAUGGCAUCAAUCGGGCAAAGAACAAAGUGUUUGAUGAGGUAACGGUUGAUGAAAGCAGUAAUUUAGAGCAUGUUACUCGAACAAGACCCAAAGGGAACCGAAACCGACGCCCACCGACCAGGAUACACAUGAAAGAGGUAGCUUUGGAUCUUGAUCUUGAGGGUGCCUCAAUGCCUAAUGGAACCCAUCCUGCCAGUGUUGCUGGCACUGAGACCUCCAAAGAGGCCAUUCAAGUCCAAAUGCCUGCGUCCAAUGACAGUGAAGCUACAGAGAAACAGUCAGGGCAAAGUGCUGAGGAGGGUCAGAAUAAGCCAGAGGUCAGUCCCCAGAAAAAGGUCAUCAAACCUCCAAUGCCUCCUACCAAAGAGGCGAAACCCAUUGAAUCAACUGAGGAUGAACCUGAUAAGGAUGACAGUCCAGUGAAAAAGGUGAAGCCACCUAUGCCUCCAUCUAAAGAAGUCAAGCCUGUGGUUUCAUCAGUUGAAGUUACAGAGAAGGACAAAGUUGAGACAAUAUCUGAGAAGACUUAUGAUGCUAAAAAGACAGGUCCUCCACCGACCCCUCCCAACAAACCCAGCUCCAGCAGCACCACGUGCAGCCUUACAGAGACCUCACAGCCCAGGCCAAGCACCCACCAGCCUACCCCUCCAUCUAAAGAGAAGAAACCCUCCCAUCAUGCUGUGGAGCCAGACCAAGAGGUUCAAGGCACAACCGAUAAGGACAAGGAUAAAGAAAACAAUAAGAAGGAGCCGAAAGAAUCGGCUGUGAAAACAGUUGAGGCAGGGCAAUCAGUUACUGAAGAAGCUCUACCAAGUGUCAAAGAUGAUGAACCUGAGAGUCCUGGCACAAAAGGACAGGUUUCUGAAGGAUCAGGGGAGACUAUAAGCGGUGGCAUAAACAAGUCAUCUGAUAAUGAGCCACAAGCACCCACAGAGAAACUCAAAAAGAGCCCUAGUCCUCCCCCAACCCCCAAGAAAAAGCCUGAGAAACUUGUUCAACCUAACACGCAACACAUAGAAGACAAAACAACUGUUAGGUAUUCUAUUGAGGAACAGGACCCUGCAUCGCUGCAGGCAGCCUCAGAAACAUCAGCCAGUUCUCCUGAAGCAGAUGAGGCACUGCCCAAGAGUGAAGUCCCCCCAGUAGUUGUGUCUUUGGGUGACCCGGUCACUGACAGCCUCAGCCUGAGUCCACUGCUGUGUCACUUGGAUGGGGAGAAGAAAAAGAAGUCAGAGGAGAAAUCUGUAGACAGUGGUCAGCACUCAGAUGAUGACAGUGAUGGCUCUGGGAGUGAAGACACAUUGGCGGUUUCCACAGCUGCACUGAGAGGAAGCCAUCCUGGUCUGGAUGUGUUGGACGCCAGUGAGGACAAGAUUCAGAUCUCUGUUACUUUAAGGCCAACUCAGGCUGCCACCAAGUCUCAGGUUAGGUCGAAGGUAUUUCCCUAUCGGCGCUCAGAGCACAUUCCUCCUCUCAAACCCUCAUCCAAGGCCAGGUCAGCGUCCAGUGGAGAUCUGCUGUCGGACUCCUCAGUCUGUAUUCAGGUGAGACAGCUUCCUGAAGCUGUGGCUGAAAAGGACAGAGCUCCACGUGAUGAUGUCAUGAAACUUGAGGCUGAAGUGGCUCUGGAGAUGGAAAAGACGAACAAGCUCCUGAGCAAAGUGUCCCAGUCCCAGAGGGGAGGUGACGGGGAGGACAUGCCAGAGGAUCUGCUGGCCGAGGCCAUGGAGAAGUUGAAGCAGGCCGACCAUGUUCUCAGGGAGGUCAAGAAACUGAAGUGUGCAAACAACUCAAGCAACAGGAAAAGCUGGUGAAUAUCAAAGCAGAUUGACUUGGAAUUGACCGUUCCCUAAACCAGUGCUUCUCAAACUUUUUUAUGCAUGCCUGACCUCAGAAUCCAGAUAAAGUUUAGCAAUCAUUACAAUAAUAGGUGUGCAGUGAGCUCAUGCCACACAGAAACACUGCGCUAACCCCCUCUCCCAAACAAUAAUUGUUCAGUCAUAGCUUAGCAAUGUUAAAUAACCACAACAGGUUCCGAUUUCUCUAUUAUGUACAGUUUGCUUUGAGCCUAUAUGGAUGGAACAGAACAGUGUGUAAGCCUGUUCUAACACGAGCUGCAACCCUACACUCUCUCUGGUUAACUAGCUCACUACCCACAGUAGUAACUUAGUAUUACUUCCAAGGCCACAUCCACGACUAGCACAUCCACCAUGUAAUAUUAUUUCCCCAGUAACCGUUGGGCUAUUGCUAGUGUUCAGUUUAGUGAACACACCCUAAAAGCCUUUUUUUCCUAUUGUUUGAACAGAGACAGUGUUUCUGAUCAACUCAUGGGGCUAAAUGUAUCCUGUUUAGCUAGUUGACGACAUCGUCCUCUGACAUUGACGGCUAGAAUCGAGAAGCUGAGUUUGUAUGGAAAGCCUGGCUGGUGGAGCAGCGUUAUCUGAAAGGCUCAGGGUUUAGCGAACGGUCACUUGACAGACAGAAUAACAGAAGUCUCUCAUUGUUGAAGGUUACGUAGCACAUGCAACUGUUCGCUCAUAAUUAAGUGCAAUUAUUUCUAGUUUAACUUUCUCUGCAGCUGAAAGUAAUGCUUAACGUUCUACUGUGUAUUGUUUAUUUUUGUUAUAUAUAAAACAUCAGAAAUUUUCAAAAAUAAUGACUUGAAAGCUAAUUUGAAAAUUAAUAAUAUAAUGAUAAAGAGUACUGUCAGGACUAAAAAUGUCAAUACCAGAUCACAUUUGAAUAGAUUGUAGAUUCAAGAGGCCUUUCUCUUAUUUCCACUUACCUUGUUCUUGCUGGCAGUUCAUACGAGGGAAUUGAUAUUGUACAUAUGUUUACACAGCAUAUGCUGUUUAUUGUUGAGGAAAGAUUUACCAACUUAGCUCAGGAGUUUUCUCAAAUAAAUUGUUUUAGACUAAUCACGUGAUUAAAGCAAAUUGACCAACUGCUACUCCACAUAGAUCGCAGUUUUGUUAUUAAUGAUGAUAUUUUACAUACUGUUAUUGUACAUAACACAGAACAAAGAGCUUGCAGCAACUCAUGUCUCACUAACCCCUCCUACAGUAUGUGUUCAUCAGUGAUGUUGCUCAUAAUCUGAAUCAGAAGAUUCUUUUUACCUCUUCCUGUCCAGUGCUUUUUUUAAAAGAUGUGAUGAUAGUUUUCAAGACUAUUUUAAAUACACCAUGCCAUUUAGAGUAUGUAAGAAUAUUUUCUAACAUUAGAUAUAAUUUUGUACUCUGAUAAAAGUUGCUAUUGCCCAAAUAAACAAAGGGAAACUAUA